CAGUGGCGCGGGGCGCUCGUGACUCGUACUCGUAUCGUACCCAAUUUUUUGCUCGUUCCAAUUUGCACGUUCGAACACCGUGUUCGAUUAGUUGUGAUUCAGUAUUGUUUUUUUUGUAGCUUUUUAUAAGACGUACCGCAACGUCACGCGAGUACAUGACAUUUUGUGUUUUGUUAUUUACCUAAAUCGUUUUGAUAAAUAAAUCAUUUACGACGCUUAGGUACGUGUCCAUGCGUAAGACCUGCGUUUCUGCAUUUCGUUUCCGAGUCCGUGUCCGAUAACUUACUGACGAAAGUCAGUAACGUUGUUGAGUAUAUCUUAGUUGUGCCUGCCGAGGGCGACGUUUAGUUUAUCCUGUUUGUGCAGACUCACACUAAUUGCCACAUUACUAUUGAUAAUACACAUUUUGAUAACAGUGUUGUAUUAAACAAAAUCGAUGUGAAGUGUUUUUAAUUUAAACAAUGAGUACAGAUAAACAUUACGCAAUAUUGAUUUUUUAAUUAACGUAGAAUAAUACGUUUCGCGUUAUUUCACUCUACUACUCAUUGACAGUUAUUAAAAUAUAUAUCUGUGUGAUUAACAUUAACGUUUGAAAACAUUUAUGAUGGAUGUUUCUGACACACCACAAUUCUUACCCGACUUGGUGUUUGACAUGAUAUUUUCAAACUUGGAACUGCCCGACUUGUUUAGCUGCAUGUUGGUCUGUCGUAAUUGGAGUCGAGCAAUUAACGAUGAUAAUGUAGAGUUAUGGAAAUUGAUAUGUCGCCGUAAGAUGCCCGAACAGCUACUAAAGUCUGAACUUUUGUCACAACUCCACAACCCAAAAGCUAAGUUACGGGCCUUAUAUCAUUCAUGGAAUCCUGACGAUUGUUCCCUCCACAUUUUUGUCAAACAAAAUGGUUUCACAUUACAUCGCCAUCCCGUCGCCGAGUGUACAGAUUUGGCACGGACUAAAAUUGGUUAUAACAAUGGUAAACAUGUAUGGGAAAUUACAUGGACUGAGCCACUAGGUACAGUUGCAAUGGUUGGCGUGUCAACAAAGGAGGCGCCUGUGUAUUGUGGUGGUUACUUACCUCUAUUGGGUUCUACCAAGCAUAGUUGGGGUUGGAACUUAAGUGAUAACGUCUUGUUACACAAUGCAGAACCACAUGGAGAAUACCCAUUGUUAAAAAAUGCUCCAAAGUAUCAAAUUGGUGAAAAAUUACAAUUAGUACUAGAUUGUGAAAAUGGUACUUUGCACUUUGAAAAAUGCAACCAGUUUUUAGGUAUAGCUUUUAAAAAUUUACCUAAAACUAAAUUGUAUCCUUCAGUGUCAGUUGUUUAUGGUGACGCAGAAAUAUCAGCAGUAUAUAUUGGUAAGACACUUUAAACAAAGUUUUCGUAAGAAUCCAAUCUCAUAGAACAGAGAUGGCAAACAUUUUUGUACCGGCUUGUCAAAUAAAAAUUUUGGUUAGAUUUUGUUAAUUUUUCCCUGGCUUGUUUUUCCCAACUAAUUCCAUAACCCUUUUUCAAAAACUUUAAUAUUAUCAAACUUAUACAAAUUCUUGUGUGUUACUAAAAUAGUGUGCGCUUGUCACUCUGUCGUGUCAUAGGUUCGUCAUCUCUGUCAUCUAUAUAUAUAAGAAUCUAACUUGAUUUUGGAGACAAAGGAACCCGGUUUUGAACCCUCAUAAUAAUAAUAAU